AUGUAUGUGCUCGUUCUGUUACAGAGGCGCUGCUGCAGGAGCAGGCCACUUCCGCACAUCCCGGACCUGCCGGACGGCGAAGCAGCCGCGCCCGGGACGCCGCAGCCGCUCGACACCGCGAACAGAUGGACCUCCAAGGAGAACCUGCUGGCUCACCACGAGGAAGACGAUCCACAGCUGUUUGUCGCGCUAUACGAUUUCCAAGCAGGUGGCGAAAACCAGCUCACUCUGAAGAAAGGCGAGCAGGUGCGGAUUAUGAGCUACAACAAAAGUGGCGAAUGGUGCGAAGCACACACCCUGUCGGGGGCGGUGGGCUGGGUGCCGAGCAACUACGUGACGCCGGUGAACUCCCUGGAGAAGCACUCGUGGUACCACGGGCCCAUAUCGCGCAACGCGGCCGAGUACCUCCUCUCCUCAGGGAUCAACGGCAGCUUCCUGGUGCGGGAGUCGGAGUCGAGUCCAGGCCAGCGCAGCAUUUCGCUGCGGUACGAAGGCCGCGUGUACCACUACCGCAUCAACGAGGAUUCGGACGGGAAGGUGUACGUGACGUCGGAGUCGAAGUUCGGCACAUUGGCGGAGUUGGUGCACCACCACUCGAUGGCUGGCGACGGGCUGAUCACGCAGCUGCUGUACCCGGCGCCGAAGCGGUCCAAGCCGACGGUGUUCCCGCUCGCGCCGCCCGACCACUGGGAGAUCGACCGCACGGACAUUGUGAUGAAACACAAGCUCGGCGGCGGCCAGUACGGCGACGUGUACGAGGCCGCUUGGAAGCGCGGCAACAUCACGGUGGCGGUGAAGACGCUGAAGGACGACACGAUGGCGCUGAAAGACUUCCUGGAGGAGGCGGCGAUUAUGAAGGAGAUGCGGCACCCGAACCUGGUGCAGCUGCUGGGCGUGUGCACGCGCGAGCCGCCCUUCUACAUCAUCACGGAGUUCAUGUCGCGCGGCAACCUGCUGGACUACCUGCGCUCCGGCAGCCGCGAGUGCGUUCCCGGCGCCGUGGUGCUCAUGUACAUGGCCACGCAGAUCGCCUCCGGCAUGAGCUACCUCGAAAGCCGCUCCUUCAUACACCGAGACUUGGCGGCACGGAAUUGCUUAGUUGGCGAGAACCACCUCGUGAAGGUGGCGGACUUCGGGCUAGCCCGGCUGAUGCGCGACGACACGUACACAGCCCACGCGGGCGCCAAGUUCCCCAUCAAGUGGACGGCGCCGGAGGGCCUCGCCACAACACGAUUCAGCACGAAGUCCGACGUGUGGGCGUUCGGGAUCUUGCUGUGGGAGAUCGCCACCUACGGCAUGUCUCCGUACCCGGGCGUCGAUCUCGCCGACGUCUACCACAUGCUCGAGAAGGGAUACCGCAUGGAGUGUCCGCCGGGCUGCCCAGCGGCGGUGUACGAGCUGAUGCGCGGCUGCUGGCAGUGGAAUGCCUCCGACCGGCCCACCUUCCGCGACAUCCAUCAUGCGCUCGAGCAUAUGUUCCAGGACAACUCGAUCACCGACG